AUUUAAGACACAGCACAAAACAGAAUCUUCUCUUUUUGCCCUUUUCCUUUUAAUGCCUUAUUCAGAACUAAACUUCCACUCCUCCACCAAUCCCACCCCACCACGUGACUCUUUCCUAUUGUUUCCUCCAUGGCAGGACUUCACCUUCCAAGUCAAUACAGAGCUUCAAAAAACAUCGGAUCCUCAGUUUCCUCUGGCUUUCUUUGUUUUCUCUGUUUUCACUGAGAAAAUACAAUGAAGUCGGAGACUUUAACGUUAAUUCUUGUGAAUCUCGCCGGCAUAAUGGAGAGGGCCGACGAGUCGUUGUUACCGGGGGUGUACAAAGAAGUCGGCGCCGCUUUGCAUACAGACCCCACUGGCUUAGGCUCGCUCACUUUAUUUAGAUCAAUUGUGCAGUGUUCUUGCUACCCUUUGGCUGCUUACUUAGCUACCAGAUAUAACCGAGCUCAUGUCAUUGCUCUUGGAGCUUUUCUAUGGGCUGCAGCUACCUUUCUUGUUGCCAUUUCAAAUACUUUCCUUCAGGUAGCAGUUUCAAGAGGGUUAAAUGGAAUAGGACUUGCUAUUGUCACACCUGCAAUUCAGUCCCUUGUUGCUGAUUCAACUGAUGACAGCAACCGCGGCAUGGCUUUCGGGUGGCUGCAGCUGGCCGGAAACAUUGGUUCCAUCAUCGGUGGGCUCUUUUCGGUACUGAUAGCCUCAACAUCAUUUAUGGGAAUACCUGGUUGGAGAAUUGCAUUUCAUCUGGUUGGCCUAAUUAGUGUUAUAGUUGGAAUUCUGGUCCGCCUUUUCGCCCAGGAUCCGCGCAUCCUGGAAGGCCAAAAUAGAGCUAAAAAUGGGAUAUCACAGAAGUCUUUUAUGUCAGAAAUGAGGGACUUGAUCAAUGAAGCAAAAAUGGUUAUCAAAAUCCCAUCUUUUCAAAUAAUUGUAGCUCAAGGUGUUUCAGGAUCAUUCCCUUGGUCAGCCUUAUUCUCAUUUUCUCCAAUGUGGUUAGAGCUCAUAGGCUUCUCCCACAAGUUAACUGCAUUUCUGAUGACUUUAUUUGUGGUUGCUUGCUCCCUUGGUGGCCUAUUCGGAGGAAAACUGGGGGACAUUCUCGCAAGACGCUUCCCAAAUUCCGGGCGGAUAGUUUUAUCACAGAUUAGUUCUGGUUCAGCCAUUCCUAUAGCAGCCAUUUUGCUUCUGGCAUUGCCUGAUGAUCCAUCCACAGCAUUCGUCCAUGGCCUAGUGAUUUUCAUCAUGGGAUUAUGCAUCUCCUGGAAUGGUCCCGCAACGAACAAUCCAAUCUUUGCAGAAAUAGUUCCUGAGAAAUCGCGAACCAGCAUCUACGCGUUGGAUCGAUCUUUCGAGUCCAUUCUGGCAUCCUUUGCUCCUCCUAUGGUUGGAAUUUUAGCUCAACAUGUUUAUGGCUACAAACCAGUUCCCAAGGGAGCUUCAGAUUCAAUUGAGAUUGCGACAGACAGGCAGAAUGCUACAUCACUUGCCAAGGCACUCUACACAGCAAUUGGCAUUCCAAUGACAAUUUGCUGCUUCAUUUACUCCUUUCUUUACUCCACAUACCCAAGAGAUCGCGAGCGCGCAAGGAUGCAUGCCUUAAUAGAAUCAGAAAUGCAACAAUUGGAAGCAGAUUGUUGUCCUGGAAUGGAGAAACACUCUCAAGUUGAUGUUUCAGAAUCGAAAACAACGGAUGGGAUGGAAGCAAGCAGAAUUGACGUAGAGCAUGGAGGGGAGGAGCCUAAUGAUUUAGAUGAUAAUGAUGAAAAGUACUUGCUUUCCCAGAAAUGAUCAUUAAUAUUGUGGUAAAAACAUAGACAACUUGAUCAUUUUUGAGGAAUUUAUACAUUAUUUUACAGGAUCAUUAGUUUAUGAUCAAUGGAUACUUGCAUACGUUCUUCAGCUAUUUAUUGAUUGAAAACA